AUGAAGUUUGCCCAUGAUUUCAAAGAGACGCUCAGGCGGGAAGGUUUCCCACCUCACUGGGUUGAUCUCGCCGUCCCAUAUAGCCAACUGAAAAAGGUUCUCAAGCGUGUUUCUGGCGAGUUGAACGAUCUUGGACUCGACCCAGAGACCUUGCGUCAACUCCUCGACCCUGCUGUUGAUUCGCCGCUGGCCGCUAAAUACCGUCUUAAUGCUGCUGGAAAUUCCAAAUUGCUACGACCCAAGCUGACUGUCGAGGUCCACAUGUGCGAUGGCAAUGCAGUAGAUGCCUCAUUAACCCCUUCGUCUCGCGCUCUUCUUCAACGCAUUGCCGCACUCCAGUCUCCUAUUUCGGAGGGCGACUUUGACAUGGAUCAGCUGCAAUCCUCAGGAUCUCAGUCGCCGGAAGAGGCUUCAUCAGAGUCGCUCAUCUCUGAGUCUGACGUGACCAUUGCUGCCGUGGAGGCCAGGUUGUCUACGAUCAAGGAUCAACCGGCACCUUUCGAGAAGUAUGAGCGCAUCGAGGUACCCCUUGUCUUUGACAGUGAAUUUUUCGACAUACUCCAGAGCGAUGUCAACAACCUCGACGCACUCCAGGCCAGAGAAGAGAAGGCUAUGGUGACAGAGAUUAUUGCCCUUCGUCAGGAUGUGUCGCAUCUCACCAAGCCAAGCCGACUCUCCAAAAGCGAUCUCGCGAGGUGGCGGGCUAUCUUUGAGUUGUACCUCGACGCCCAAGUCUUUUUCUCAACCAAUGAACAGGAUCAUGGCGCUCGCGACAGUCAGACUGCCGCAAAACAAUUACAGUGGUUUCAGGCGGAGAUCACUAAACGAAAUUUGGCCAAAGCCUUCAAAAUCCCCGAGAGCAGGGAGGCUCUAGUGCGCUUCAUGAGUCUGAAUGCUGUCUUGCUUAAGAAUCUGCAGUUUCAGGAGAUCAAUCAGAUCGCUAUCUAUAAGAUUCUGAAAAAGUUUGAUAAGCGGACUUGUCUUGGAGUUUCCAAGUCUUUUCCGACCCAAGUUCACUCCGACAAGUUGCUGGCUGGAUCCGUUGCCAAGGAUAUAUGCGCCCAGAUGUCGACCGACCUGGUGUCUGUCGUUCCGCAGAUCAGCGACUACUUGUGCCCGAUUUGCUUCUCUAUCGCCUACCGGCCGGUUCGGCUGGCCUGUCAGCACGUUUUUUGCAUCAGGUGCAUCGUCAAGAUCCAGCGUCGCAACGAGAAAAACUGCCCACUGUGCAGAGCUGACACAGUCAUGAAAGCAUCCGCAGACAAUCUGGACAUGCAGCUGGAAAAAUACAUGCGCAAGUAUUUUCCGAAGGAGGCCAAGGAGAAACAACGCGCCAAUGAAAUCGAGCGAGGCAUCGAGGACUACGGGCCCGAAUAUGUUCAUUCUGAGUGUUCCAUCAUGUAA